GUGAUGUCCCUCGCCUCCCUCGUCUCCACCACCGCGUCCCUAUGCCGUGCUCCCGUUUCUCGCUCCACCAGCCAUGAAUGCUCGCAGAGAGGGCAUUGACUUCUCCGCUCGGAAUCCCUUCACCAACGCGCAGUACCGCAGCAGCUAUGGUACACAGCCGCCGUUUGCGCAGGGCAUCCCCAACCUCAUCGCCUCCAUCCUCCUCGCCGUCAUCUCCGUCCUCUUCUUCCUGAACUACUUCGGGCUGACCAUCGCCUCCCUGGGUCGGCUCGUCUGGAAAAUCCUGGUGCAUCUAACACCGACACGCCUCGUCGCCGCCUUGGACUCCAAGGCCACGACAACCGACCCGGCCGACGAACCCACUCCCCCGAUGACAUUCGAGACCAAGAGCGAAGCCAUGCAACGGAUCCUCGGCCUAAAUGACAGCUCUUUUUCCUCCUUCCUCCCUCGCACGCCGUCGCUACCCGGGUUCGGCACUUCCCUGUUGAGCAGCAAGAACAGCACACCGCCGGGGCUGGGGAAUUGGGACAACUCAUGCUAUCAGAAUAGCAUCAUCCAAGGCUUGGCGUCACUGCAAUCACUGGAGGCCUUCUUGCGACAGAACGUGGAGCAGCUGGGGCAGAAGGUGUCGCUUUCGACACACCAAGCCCUGAAGGAGAUCAUCGAGCGGUUGAACAGCGCGGAGAACUACGGACAGCGGCUGUGGAUCCCCGCGGAUCUCAAGUCCAUGAGCAGCUGGCAGCAGCAGGAUGCGCAGGAAUACUUCGCCAAGGUGGUGGAUCAGUUGGAUUUCGAGGUUCAGCGGGCGACUCGCCGACAGACUCGGAAUAUGGGCUUGAAGAAGACCGGUCCGCAAGAACAUGUCAUUGGAGCGGGCCCGGUCCAGAAGUUGGAUGGGGAUUCGACGCCUGAAGUGCAGGAGACGGGGAGUCAGAAUCAGGUCUUCCGGAACCCGUUAGAAGGGCUCCUUGCGCAGAGGGUCGGCUGUAUUCAGUGCGGGUGGACGGAGGGUCUUUCGCUGAUCCCGUUCAAUUGCUUGACUGUUCCGCUUGGUCCGAAGUUUGAGUACGAUAUUCGAGAGUGUCUGCAUCACUACAUGCAUUUGGAGCCCAUUGAGGGGGUGGAAUGUGCUAAGUGCACCUUGUUGCGUGCGCAGACUCAACUUGUGAACCUCCUGAAGCAGAUCGAGGACGACAAUGAGACACCCGGCGAAACCCCCGACUCGUCGAAAAUAUCCGAUGCGCUGAGAGAUUCCGCCACGGAGCGUCUGCAGGCCGUGGAGCAGUCCCUAGAGGAGGAGGAUUUUACCGAGAAGACCCUGUCGGAAAAAUGCCAUAUCCCCGGAAAGAACCGCGUGUCCUCGACGAAAUCGAGGCAGGCUGUCAUCGCGAGGCCCCCCGAGUGUCUUGUUAUCCACGUCAAUCGAAGCCUGUUCGACGAAACCACGGGGAUGCUCCGGAAGAACUACGCCGCGGUCAAGUUCCCCAAGGGCAUCGAUGUGAAUCAGUGGUGCCUCGGAGGGGCCUCCCAGGGCCAGGCGGAGAAGGAUUCCGAGGCAUGGGAAACGAACCCCAGUAUUUCGAUGCUCCCUCAAACCGCCGGCGAUGGGCCGGGCCGACACUACGAACUUCGCGCCGUGAUCACGCACUACGGCCGCCACGAGAACGGGCAUUACAUCUGCUACAGGAAAUACUCUGCCGAGACGUUCCCCGCCCAUGUGCCGGACGCCGUGAUCGAGGAAGACGGCGAGAAGGAGAGGUCGGACCGUUGGUAUCGGCUCAGCGACGAGGACGUGCAGAUGGUUAGCGAAGACAACGUCCUGUCCCAAGGCGGCGCCUUCAUGCUGUUCUACGAAGCCGUGGACUACUCCCCCGACGCGGCGCAGGCGGGCGAGCCUGUUGCUCUGGAAGACGAAAGCUCGUCCACUGCCGCUUCGGAUACCCUGUCCAUGACCUCUGCCACGGCCGGUUCCUCGUCGGAUGUGUCGCAAGCGACCAGCGUCUCGGCCUCGGUCAAGGUCGAGCCCGAACAGCCUGAACCCGAAUCCAACCCCCCCGGCGACAGUGUCCCGGUUAUGACGGAUGUCGAUUGAUCCCCGCAUCUGCAUCUGUCUAUCCCGACUUGCCAUGCCAGACUGUGUACAUCAUUAUGAUACCCCGAAGUGCGACUCAUUAGAAGGCGUUUUGAAUUUCCCUUAACCUGCUGGUCCGACUCACCUCUAACGGUGACGGCAUUGGAUAUCCUGGUCGUACCAUACCUGCCAUACACGAAUUGAGCGGUUGUAUAACAUUCAUUGCAUGUACUUAUGAAGAUGUGUCUGUGGAUGACAGCACGGAUGCAUUCGUUUUCUC